AAUUAAAUAACAAUAAAAGUUUGUCCAAACAUGCGUUUGCUGCUCCUUCUGAUCCCUUUGCUGGCCGUGUUCGCCAUGGUCUCUGGCCAGGAUGACUAUUGCUUUGGCAAGGACUCAGAUCGCACACAGACCCGUCAAUUCUCGUCGAAAACAGCCUAUCAGAUUGUCAAGGGCACCAACAUUGAUAAGCAGUAUCAAGUGCCGGGCUGUGAGCCAAAGAAAAUGUGGAUUUUCCACAGACAUGGCACACGCUUGUCCAAAGCGUCUGACAUCAAGAAAUCCACCCGACUGGAGGAGCUCCGGGACGCAAUUGUGAAAAAUUAUCGCGUUCUGCGCCAGAAACCAGAAGAGAAUCCUUUGUGUUUGGAGGACUUGAUAGCCAUACAAAUGUGGAAAUGGAAUAGCAGCAUUACUCCCGAUAUCGAAGAGCAUUUGACUAGUCAGGGUUACGAUGAUUUGCGUGGCACAGCGAAGCUAUAUCAACGUUACUAUCCCUCCGUGUUGCCCAAGCCAUUCAAUGACACAUAUUAUCAGUUCCGUCACACGGAUACCCAACGCACAACGGAGAGCUUCAAGGCCUUUGCCGAAGGACUCUUUGGCGAAAAUAAUGGUGCUCAUCCUGUGGAUAUACCCGACAGGGACUUGCUCUUGCGUCCCUAUGACUAUUGUACGUCAUACAAGGAGAAUAACUAUAAGGGCGAAGGCUCGGAAUAUUAUAAAUAUAAACAAUCCGCAUUAUGGAACAAUACCAAGGCUGAUAUCUCCAGACGUUUGGGAUUCCUCUAUACACUCGAGGAGGAAGACAUCAAACUGAUGUUCGAUAUGUGUCGCUAUGAGCAGGCUUGGCAAGUGGAUCGCACCAGUGUUUGGUGUGGAGCUUUUCUGCCCGAGGAGGUGACCGUUUUCGAGUAUGCCGAGGAUCUAAAGUAUUACUAUGGCUCGGGCUAUGGCUUUGAGGAGAAUUCGCGUCUCAAUUGUCGUGUCGUGCAGGAUAUGCUGACCCAUUUGAAUAACCCCGUGUCGCCUCAUGUUGUGGCCUAUUUUGGCCAUUCGACGGGUCUGCAGACACUUCUCACUGCCCUGGGCAUCAAUAAGGAUGACAUUGCUCUGCGGGCCGAUAACUAUAAUAGCCUAACAAAUCGUCGUUGGAAGACCAGCAUUAUGGAUCCAUUUGCUGCCAAUUUUGUGGCCGUCAAAUAUUCGUGCCCGGCGGCUCUCGAAAAAGAGAAAGUUGUCUUCUUCCUUAAUCAGGACGCUGUGCAGUUGGAUUGGUGCAGUGUUGGUCUCUGCAAUUGGGCAGAUGUCCAGGAGAAAUAUAAACAUAUAGCCGAUGCCAAUUGUGAUGAAUAUUAUUGCCGUUCGGGCAGUCAAACGCUGAUUGUUCAGUCCUUAACUCUUGUGCUAGCUGCCAUUGUCUACUUAAUGCAUUAGCCAGUCUAAAAAUGGCUUAGUUUAGUUAUCGCUCUUAAUUCUCUUUUUUUUUUUUGUGUCUUUUCUAAUGUACAAAGUUCGUACCAAAAUGAAUGGCUAAUGAACAAAGGCGGCUUGCUGCAUGUCGGAGCGGAAGUAUUUUUCGAUAUACAAACAUACAUACAUUUUGUUAAUUUUAAUAAUGACCAGCACCUACCUUUUUCUCACUUUUUAACAACAAAAACAACAACAACAUAAACAAAAAUCCAACAUAUUUUCUUAACUUAAAAGCCAGCAAAGAAACGGUUAAACAGUCAGCAACAAAAAAGUAUAGCUUUAUUGAAACUAAAUCUAAAUCAAAAACAUAUUUAAUAAAUAAUUUAAAAAAAGUAA